AUGCAAGGCUUCAACAUGGGGCGCUACUACGCGCCGUCGACCGAGCACGCGCCGACCUUCAACACGUCCUCGCACCCCCUCGGCGCGCGCGCCCGCAAGCUGCGCAGCGAGGGCGUGCUGGUGGUGCGCUUCGAGAUGCCGUUCGCCGUCUGGUGCGACACGUGCGCGCCGCCGACCAUCAUCGGCCAGGGCGUGCGGUUCAACGCCGAGAAGAAGCGCGUCGGCGCCUACCACUCGACGCCCAUCUGGGAGUUCGCGCUCAAGCACGCGGCGUGCGGCGGGCGCAUUGUCGUGCGGACGGAUCCGCGGAGGGCAGAGUAUGUGGUCGAGAGUGGUGGGAGGAGGAGGGAUUACGGAGAGGCGAGGAGGGUGGAGGAGGGUGCGGAGGAGGUGGAGGGGGAGUAUUAUGAGGGGCUGUUGGAGGGGGGUGAAAGGGAGAUUUUGACACCUGAGGAGCGGGCGAGGAGGAAGGGCGAUGCGAUGGCCGCGCUCGAGGGGCGCAAGGGCGAGAAGGAGAAGAAGGCGUGGGAGGAGAAUCGCGUCGAGGAGCUGCGCCGGCUGCGCGAGAAGGACUGGGCGGACCCGUAUGCCGCGAACAAGAAGCUCCGGAAGCCUUUCAGGGAGCAGCGCAAAGAGCGGCAGAAGGAGGAGGGCGUCAAGGAGGAGCUGCAGGACAGGUUCGGACUCGGCUUGGAGAUCGUCGACGAGAGGGAGGAGGACCGCCAGAGGGCGAAACUCAUCGACUUUGGUGGCGAUUCGACAGAUGGAGAUGUCGACGCCGCUACAUUGAAGGCCGCAUCAAGGCCGCUGUUUGGAGAGGACGCACCGAGUAACGCCUUGUCGACGCAGAGCACUAAGGGCAAGACGAAGGCUGAGCGAGCCGCGGAAAUAAGCAAGCAGGCGCUACAGCAGAAGCUCAAAGGGAACACCAGAGCCGCAAUGGACCCGUUUUCAGCCGAGAAGACACGCAUUGGACCGCCCACCAUCGCCGGACUCAAGAGGAAGCGCGCCGUUGCUAUGGAGGAUGAUGCUAAAGACAGCGUCAGCCGCGAUACGACUCCAGAGGAGCCACCGCUUCGGGAAAGCAAGACUCCCUCUGAAAAGAGGACAUUGGCACUGGUUGCUUACGACUCGGAUGACGAGUGA